GAGCGUUGGGCAACCCAUAAUUGGAAAAUGGAGGGCUAUCUUUUAGGUUGUCUAUUGGUGUUUGUUGUCACUCAUACGGUUGGUUAUAAAAUCAACGAGAGAUAUGUUAGCAACUGGGUUGAUUAUAUGAAGGAUUAUUUGCUUAGGAGCCAAUUUUUCAAGUUUGGGGUUUCCCCCAACAAUGAUAAUAGGAUUGUAUCGUAUAUUAGAGACAAUGACCAGUUAUACACCACUUAUUGCACUGGUAGAGUGAACAUCAAAGGAUUUAUCAUUAGAUUGAGAUUAAAGGCUAGACAAAAUUUUAUUCUUUAUAUUGUGCAACAGGUUUUCUCGUUUUUCUUUGAAAGCUUGAAACCUGAUGAAGACGCAGUUGAGAUCAACGGUACAUUUCAUGACAAUAUUUCAGUAAACAGUUUUAUUUUUGCUAUUGUUAAUAAAAACAAAAUGAACGAAAGAAGAAAUGAAAACUAUAGUUUGUCCUUAACUAGGACAAUUGAUUCUCCCAAAUUACCAAAUGAGUUUGUGUUUAUGUCUGAAUCAGCAGAGAUUAAUGAAGCUGUUUUAAACAAAGCAGAAGUAUUAGAUCAAUUGGCAAAAGUUGGAGACGUUUUACAAUAUUUGAUUAUAUCUGACCAACCCACCUAUCAUCCCACCACUAUUGAUGAAUGCAAAUCCAGACCUUCAUUUGCAUUAAAGCUAAGUUUAAAAUCAUCAAGUAAUGGUGAUUUAGAAAAGUCGAAAGAUUCAAUUGAAAUUUUAUUGAAAGUUAUUGAUUUGAUUUCGAAUAAUAAAAGAUUUGAAAUAAGACCCGAAGUUUUCAAAAAGAUCAAUAACGUCAGAAAACAACAGGUUGAGAAGAUCAUUAAAAAGAUUGAAUUGCAAAAAAAAGAAGAGUUGGAAGAAAAAAAAUUGGAAGAACAAAAGAAAAUAAAAGACGAAUUGAAGAAAAGCAGCCCAGCCGAAUUGGAAAAGUUUGAAAAACUGCAGAAAGCCAAAAAAGAAAGAAGAAUGAAAAAUAAACAAAGAAUUAAA